CCAAAACAAAUAACAAACUCCAUUGCAAAACAAUUCGCUUCUUCUGGGCAAAACUAAAAGUUUAUUUUGCCAAAUUGUUCCGAUUAAAACAAAAUGUACACCAAAAGUGUAGACCAGUUUAGUAUAUUACACGGAGAUAGGGUGAAGCUUAUGCACCUCGUCCGAAUGCGUCUCAAGGAAUGCGGAUGGGAUGAAGAGGUGAAACUCCUUUGCCGGAGGGCUGUGAUGGAAGAUGGCAACGAGAAUGUAGAUUCCGUGGUACAAAGAGUUACACCGACAGCAAGAACGCUUAUCCCGGACGUGGUUAAAGAGGAGCUGCUGGUGAAAAUCAAAAUUUUGCUACAGGAGCAGAAAAGGAAAGACACCCAUAGGAAAAAGGACGAAUUCAAGAAGCGGGAGGAUAUGAAAAAGAAAGAGGAUCCAAAAAAGAUGUCGAAAUAGAAUGCUGCAUGUAGUUGUACGUCCAUACUCAAUAAGAUACAUGACCCACGUAAUAAAACUGAUAAAAAUAUUAUUAU